UUCAGAUAAGUCACCCAUUUGGGGGCAAACAAUAAUAUCAUCUCUUGGUAUUUUAGGUAUUUUCCACUCAGAUUACUCAGAUGGUUUUUGACUAUUUGACUUAUUCUCUGGUUACUCUUGGGUUUGCAUCCAUCAGUGAGAGAAUGCAAGGCUCACUGGGAAAUGGAUUUACAGGGGUGGUUCCCAGUGUGUAUUUUGGGGUGCAUUAACGAAUGAUAUCCAAGCCCCACCCAAGAACAACUCAGACCGAUUAGGGUAGACUCUCUGGGGCUGAGAACUGGGCAGAACGAUAACUUGUUUUGUUUUGUAAGUUCCUCAAAUGAUUUAAGAUGCAGUUAGGAUUGAAAUCCACAGAAUGACGGUUCCCAUGGUUGGGCUGAUUCCGUUAUUUCGUUUCUGUUCACUAAGAACAGAUGCCUUCAUGCAGUACUUCUCAAAUUUUAACGUAUUUACAAAUCACCCAGGAAUACUGUUAGGGAGCAGAUUCUGACUCAGGAUGUCUAGGGUGGGGUUUGAGAUUCUGGUUCAAAGACGCUAACAGGGGGAAACCAAGUUGCGAGAGACCUAAGAUCAACUAUUGCAAAGUCGUGCGUGGCGAAGUAGGCAUGUGCCUCAGCGGUCAGAACAGAGAGGGUAACAUGCUUCCUGCAGAGUCUGGAAAGGCUUCUCAGAGAAGGCGGCCCUAGGACAUAAUGACUGAAUUUGUGCUUGUGAAUAUCAGGACAUGGGUUAGAGGCUGGUAUUGCCUAAUGAUUUUGCUGAAGUUGUGUUACAUGGACCAUGCUCCAUGAGGAGCAGACUGAAAACUCAGGGGUUUCCUGGGGCAGUGAAAUAAAUGACCCAUACCGCAUGCAGACAUAAAAGCAUUUGUGUGUGUGCUGACCAAAAUGAGGCUCAAAUGGCUGGCAGUUCUCUGAUAGAAAUGAGUACUUCUGCUCAGAUGAGAAGCACCUGAGCCCUACUCUCACUAUGAUCCUGCGGUGUCUACACAUGUCAACGGUGUCUGGUAGAUUGCUUUCACGCGGUGAAUUGUUGGAUUGGGGUCGCCAGUACCAUACGAUGUCCCCGGGUAACAGGCAGGAAGGCCGGGAUCUAAUUUCCCUACAUGCAAAUUUCACCCCUGACCGAGCUGCACUAACAGCGGACCAUGAGGCUAGAGUCUCCGUGCUUGCAGCCUGACAACCCAUCCCGAUGUCCCCAUCCUGCAAACGGGAGAAUGUCAGACAGUAGAAGACUCUAAGGUAUCAUGUGAAGGCAUAGGGUCACUUCAGUUAAUCCUCAAACUAAGAACUGUGUGAUGAAAACCCGCCAGAUAUCCAACACGCCACAUUCAAAGCCCUCACAUACAAGACGGGCACCAUGUUAAAUUGUGAAUGUAAGAAGGGCUUCCGCAGAAUAAGCAACGGGUCAGCCUUCAUGCUGUGUGCAGGAAACUCGAGCCACUCCUCCUGGGAAAACAAAUGCCGGUGCAUAAGUACCUCCCCAAGGGCCACAGAUGGACAAAUUAUCCCUAAACCUGAAGAACAGAAGGGAAAAAGCCCCAUGGGAAUGCAGAGCCAAAUGCAGCCCACGGACCAAGUUAACCUUCCAGGUCACUGCAGGGAGCCUCCGCCCUGGGAACACGAAGAUUCGAGGAGAAUUUACCAUUUUGUGGUGGGGCAGACAGUUCACUACCAGUGCAUGCAGGGAUUCAGGGCCCUGCAGAGGGGUCCUGCCAAGAGUGUCUGCAAAACGACCUGUGGGAAGGCAACGUGGACACAGCCCCCACUCCAGUGCAUAAGCGAAAGGAGUGAUGGCUGGUUUCCAGAUGACGAAGAGCCUCAAGCCAGCACUGAUGCUGCUCCUGGGAGUGACACUUCCUGUCCCUCAAUAACGGCAAGUACUACAGAUUUCCAGAGACAUACGGAAGUGGCUAUGACCACGGAGUCAUUCGUAUUCACAACCGAGUAUCAGAUAGCAGUGGCUGGCUGCGUCCUCCUGCUGAUCAGUAUCGUCCUUCUGAGCGGGCUCACCUGGCAGCGGAGAUGGAGGAAGAGUAGAAGAACAAUCUAGAAAACCAGGAGUGCUAAGAAGCCAAGAACACCUCACAGAAAUCGCGGAGCACAGCAAAAUCAAAGAAGUUGAACACUCACCCAAGACGCAUCUCCUGUGAGAUCUCCUGGGCUUUGGAAAACUCGGAAGCCACAUGCCAGAGCCCCAGGCGCCUGCAACCUCAUUACAAAGCCAGCUCUCUAGUGCCAAUGAGUGAACUCGACCUGCUUCUGGGCAGCAAUUCUAAGGUCAUUGGAGGAACAGGGAGGGACAACCAGAACUCUAGGUCUUAUUUUCAUGUCUACAUGUUCAUUGAAACUUGAGCACCAGGGGACUCUCUCCAUACCAUAUACAGGUUAAAGAAAAGUAGCUUCAUGUUCAUUUCAUCCAUACUUCCCAGUUUAGAAAUCCCAAGGAAAACCCUAGCAUAGAAUAUAAAUAGACACACACACACACACACACACACACAC